AAUUGAUAUACUUCGUAAACAUUCUAGCCCUAGACGGCCAUUUAGAAAAGUAAUGCUAUCGUUUCAUUUUAGUUGUCACAUGUUCAUCUGUCUGUUUUGCCUUAAGUGUUGGAAAGAGUAAGCAGCUGAGGUUCCAGAAAGCAGCAUUUCAGAGUAAGAACCCAAUUUGAUGACUUGUCAAUGUACUAUGUAUGUUCAGCUUUGUAUCGUUUGUCUUUUGAAUGGUAAGACUGAACUAGAUGGGAAAUCAAAGACUUUGCGUUUAUCAGUGAGAAAAAUUUGAAUGGUUGAUUAGCUGGAAGCAACUGAGUUCAGGUUUCAAAAUAUACUGUCGAUUUUUACCCCUAGAUGGCAGGUUGUUUGAAACUUGUUGCUUGAAGGUCGGGAGCUUUCGGCUUUUUAAGCAGGGCAGUCAUAUUCUCCUCUUGAGAAUUGACAUCCCAUGGUGGGAAAAAUAAUAAAGUUUUUCGUGUAACUGCAUCAGUUGGAAAGUGAAUGUGUCAUGAUACCUUUUUUUUUUGUUAGCGUGAGGCUAUAUAAUAUUGAUUUUACUGCUGGCUUUCUUUCUGUUGUACCAAUGGGUUGGAUGAGGUUUUUGUCUUCUAGUUAUUCCUUGUGGCUGCAAGAAAGAAGCAAAAUGGGUUUCAUGCUGUCCCUGAGAGCUUCAAUACCAUGGCGUUCCAUACCAUAUUCUUUACCAAAGAUUGUGGUUGUAUUCUUCAACUUAUUGAUUCUAAAUAGGGAAUUUUCACAUUUGUCUAAUAAGGGAUUGGAUUCAAGAAUAAAUUUAAGGGUAUGGGUUGUGCCUGUUCAUUGCCUAAGAUGCCAUAAAGAUGACUGGUUUUGGAUCUGUGAUUGUUAUUCUGCCACAAGCGUUUUCAUCAAGAAAGCCUGGCGUAAGAUAUGGCCUCCAGAUGCAUGUAAUUGGCUAAGGAAACCGGCCAGAAGGCAGCUGAUAAAGGACAUGAAAGGAAAGAAUCAGCAAAAGAUGAAGCCUUCAGAGGAAUUGAGUCAGAAUGCUAAGGAAACCGGCCAGAAUGCUAGUGCAAAAAGACAAGAGCCGCAAGAGUCAGCUAAGGACACAACACAGCAAGGAAAGGAGUUAAUACAGGAGACAGGAUCAAAGUUAAUCAGAACUAAAUAAAGAAUUCCCAUGUGGUUGGUUUCUUCCACGUGCGGAAAAGACACAUACGAGUUGAACGGAACCAUAUGAAGAAUUCGGGCACGAGAAAUUCUUGCCUCAUCGGUCCCGUGCUACUCACCUGCCACCUAGUGCCAACCGAAGAGAACUUUCCCGGUCCUACGGCGGGACUGAUACACGUUCCAUUCACGAUCCGUGAUUAACAAUAGACCAUACGAUUUUUCUAUUGUAGCGUUUUUCAUAUGUACAGUUAUAUUUUUAUUUUGUAUCAAACAAAGCUAAUGAAAGCGAUUUGUUUCCCUACAACAUUGUAAUUGCUGAACGCAUUUAUACACUAGAACAUUAGUGAGAUUUA